GAUUUCUUCUGCCACGGGCUCGGAACUGUGUGGGCUCCUUUGCUGGAUUUCCACUGCAUUGAUUGUUUUGUCCUUCUUUGCCUCCUUCCUCCUCUUUCUGGAUAUUUUUAUAUAUUUUUUCCUCUUAUCAUUGCUCCUAUUGCCUACUGCAACCAGCACUUACUGACAAAAAAAAACAAAAAAAUAGAAAAGAAGAAUCUCCUAUCAUUCUCAUUCUCAGGGAAGAGAGGAGAUUGAUAGAGAAAGAGACGCAAAUAACUACCGGCUUGCGGCCUUGAUGGGCUGAGGGAAUGAGCGGUGAUGCAAAUUCCCCCCAUAUAGUUUUGGGUGUAUCCCGUUGCGCACAUGCAUUGUAUAAUACCUCGUCUUACAUUGUAUAUAGGUCUACGGAAAUCUCAGUUUGUGCUGAUCAUUGGGCUAUGUAAAAAUAGACCAGUUAGAAGAAGAGAGCUUCACGUAUCUCCAGUCAGCUCAUAGAUAUUAGCAUUGUGAGCCUGACAGUAGCUUGUUCUUGUUCGAAUCUGUUACCUCUCAAAGUACAUUCUACCGGCUGUGGUUGCUCGGCUACAUGGAGGCUGCAUCCGGUGCCGAACCUAAGCGCUCAUAUUCAUGGUGGUGGGACAGCCAUAUCAGUCCAAAGAAUUCAAAAUGGCUUCAGGAUAACCUAAGUGAUAUGGACAACAAAAUCAAAGCCAUGAUAAAACUUAUAGAAGAAGAUGCAGAUUCCUUUGCAAGAAGAGCAGAAAUGUAUUACAAGAAACGGCCUGAUCUUAUGAAAUUAGUGGAAGAAUUUUAUCGAGCAUAUCGUGCAUUAGCAGAAAGAUAUGAUCAUGUGACCGGGGCACUUCGUCAGGCUCAUAGGACAAUUGCUGUGGUUUUUCCCAAUCAAACUCGAUUUCUGUUACCAGAUGAACCUCCCUCUGGAUUGCUUGAUACUGGUGAUGAUGAUGCUUUUGAUUCUUGUAUUCCUAGAAAAUUUGAUGCCAUCCAGUGGGAUGGAGAAGCUCUUGACGAAAUUGCUCCAUUCAUUAGCGAGGAAGGGUUGAAGUAUUUGAAUUCGCUCUUUGCUGAUGAAGAUGCUAAAAAAAAGUUUAUUGAGAGCUUUCUAAAGAAAAGCUUGAAUUUGAAAGAAGAUGAGGGGAAAGAUUUUGAACACAAAAAACUGGAAGUAGAAGUAUCAGAGUUGUCAAAAGAGAACAAAAAUCUCCGGAACCAGAUAACUGUGGAGUCUCAGCGUGCAGACAAAGCUGAAGCUGAGUUGCAAAUUUUAAAUGAUUCUCUCUCCAAACUGAAAUCUGAGUUGGAGGCAGCAUUUCUUCAGUACCAGAUAUCCCAGGAAAGGAUAUCAAACCUUGAGUCUGAAAUUUCUAAAAGCCAAGAAGAAUUUCAGCAUAUCAAUGAUGAGAUAAGCAUCAAAGUUUCUGAACUUAGAAUGGCUAAGCACCAUUGCCUUGGCCUAGAGAAAGAAAAUACUUCUCUACAAUUGGAGCUGGAUAAGCUUAACCUGUUUGUAUCCAAGCAACAGGAAGAAGCUUCAGAUUUGCAUAAGGAGAACCAAAAUCUCCAUAAUCAAGUCGAUUCACAGUCAAAACGUGCGGAUAGAGCUGAAGCUGAGUCAAUUAAAUUCUCAAAUGCCAUUUCAAAGUUGAAAUUUGAGAUGGAAAGUGCUCUUCUUCAGUACAAUGUUUCCCAAGGAAGGAUAUCUGAACUGGAAGCGGAAAUUUCUCACACCAAGGAGCACUUUAAGAAGAUCAAUGAUGAGAAGUUGAUAGGUGCCUCCAAACUUAACAUGGUUGAGCAUCAAUGUCUUAGUCUGCAAGAGGAGAACAAAUCCUUGCAGCAUGAGCUUGAUAAGUUUAUGCAGAAAAUGACUAGGCAAGAGGAGGAGAUUAUCAUGAGGGAAGAAGAGUUGUCUAUAGUCAAGCACUCCAUAGAAUUUGAACGACAGCACAACAUGCAAGCUGAAAUAAAGGAAAAAUCUUUGCGGACCCAGCUAAAUAAACUAGAACAGAGAGCAGAGAGGCAAGAAGAAGAGAUUGCAAUCAGGGAACAAGAGUUGAAUAAACUCAAGAAACAUGUAGAAGAUGAAUGGAAACAACGUUUGUGUGCUGAAAGGACUCAUCAGGCAUUGGUUGAGCUGCAUUCUCAGUCUCAAGAAAAUGUAAGACAUUUGGCUUUGGAAAUUCAACGUGGAACUGAAAAGUUGAGAAACAUGGAACUCAGCAAGGCUGGCUUGGAAGAAGAAAUAAAGCGACUUCGUGAUGAAAACCAUAGUUUGAAUGAAAAAAAAGAUUUAUCUGUUGCAAAAAUAAUAUGUCUGCAAGAUGAGAUAAUUUCAUUGAGGGCAUCAAACCACAAAAUUCAAGAUGAACUGAGGUUCAAUGGUGAAGAAAAGAUGUUUCUUCAGAAACAGAUUUCUUCUUACAAGAACAAGCGAAAUGAUUUAGAGGAAGGGCAUUAUGGUUUAAUGGAGAAAUUGAAAAGAAUGGAAUUGAGGGAAGCUGCCAUGGAAGAAGAAAUGAGGCGUCUUCAUGAUGAAAACAAUGAUUUGAAUGAAAAAAUUCUUUCAUUUUCUUCAAAGAUAGUAAAUCUGCAAAAUGAGAUAAUAUCAUUGAGUGAAUCAAAGUAUAGACUGGAUGAUGAACUGCAGAUCCAUUUAGAGGAGAAGAAAGUUCUUGAACAAGAUUUGUUCUCUCUUAAGAACAGGAGAAAUGUUUUAGAGGAGAGGCACUGUGAAUUAAUAGAGCAAAUAGAGGAAGUCAACUUUAAUGUGAUCUCUCUGCAUGCAGUGGUGAAGGAACUGCACGAUGGAAACAAAGAACUAAAAGAUACAUGCAAAAAGCAUGAGGAUGAGAAAGCUCAUCAUUUCCAGCAGUUAAAGCUUAUCAAGCUGAUGUCAGAAAAUAAUGCUUUUUUAGAUGGCUAUUUGUCAGGUGCAAAUGCUGAAUUUAAAAGCUUGAUUGAUAAAAUCAUGGGACUUAAAGAAUACUGUGAUUCUCUUCAUCACAACGUUAUUAGCCAUAUUUCUUCAAAGCCUGUGCCGAGCUCUCAUAUGGAAGCUGUUAAUCAGAAUAUGGAGAAGUUUUCAGAAAAAAAGGCAGUUAUUGAGAACUCCAUUUCUGAUCUUACUGUUGAAUUUGAUGUUUUAAGAGGUAUGGUUAAAGCCUUGGAUGAAUCUUGCCAGUCUCUGUACUAUCAGAAGCCAUAUCUUAUUGCUGAAAACAGCAAUCGUUUCUCUCAGGUGGAAAGAGGUGCUCUGCAUCUUCAAAGCUUGGAGAAUCAGUUUGAGGUCUUAGAAGGCAAAAAUGAAAUUAUAGAUGAGAAGGUUCUAGCAGAUCAUGACAUGGAAGAACUGCAUUGUUCAUUCAGAAAAGGAAAACUAGAGGAUGAAAAUUAUAUCAGUUUCUUCAAUAGACAAUUGAUUACUUCGAGUAAUCAAAUUAAAAUCCUGAAAAAACAAAUCCAAGUUUCAAAACAGGAGCUUGAGGAGGAGCAUUAUAAAAUAGUAAAGAUUGAGAUUGAUAAUAUCAUCAUGAAGCAGUUUUUUGUUGAAUUGACUAAAAAGAAUAUGCUUCUCUCAAAAGAAUGUGGAAAGUAUAUGGAGAAAUUGAAGCAUACAGAAAAUUUCUUUUUUGAACUCAAACAGGAGUGGACCACUCAUGAGAGGAAACUAAUUACACUGUCAGACCAUAAUGUGAAACUUUUGGAAGGGAUUCAUGUGAUGAUGAAGACAUAUGACACUAAGAAGGUUUGUGAGUCAUAUGAUGCCAAGGAGUGUGAGAUUUCAAAUGAUUGUUAUGAUAAUAUUUUGCAGAUUAUUUCAAAUAAAAUUGCAGAGCUACAGGCUAUUGUUCCAGUUACCAAGGGUGAAAUCCAUAAUUUUCAACUUGAGAAACCAUCUUCUUUCACACUUUUAGAGCAACUUGCACUGAUAUUAGUGGAGCUUAGAUCACAAAAUAAAGUGCUUGAACAAGAAUCUGUUUUGAAAAAUCAAGAAAUUUUUAACCUCCAAAGAAAAAAUCAUGAAGUAAUAGAGAUAAAUAAGCAGUUGCAGAAGGAUAUUAAUGCUAGCAAACAACGGGAGGAAAUGCUAAAUCUAGGAUUGGAUGGAAUGUGUGGCAGAUUGUUGGAUUUACAAGAAGCUUGUGGUAUAUCACAGAGUGAAAUCUCAAAGUUGCUCAAGGAAAAUGAAUCGUUGUUAAAGAAACUGUUUGACAUAAGGGAGCAAAAUGAUGCAUUGGAAGUUGAAAAUGAUGAUAUCCUUGAAGAAGCUAUUGCUCAGGAGCUCCUCUCAUUAAUUUUCAGUAGUUGCAUUACUGAAAAAUCUUCUAAUAUGAAGCGGUUAAUUAGUGAUGUGAACUAUCUUUAUAGGAUCACAAAUGAUCUAGGCGAGGAUAUCAGAGUGAUUAAUAAAAGCAUGAGAGAUCUAGAAGCUAAAAAUAUGCAUCUUAAGGAGUGUCGAACCCACACAGUGCUUUUUGAAAAUAAAAUCCAGCAAGCAAGAAAUUCAUUGAGAAAACUCAACAUAGAAACAGAAAUGGGUGGGAAACUGUUUGAACAGAGAUACAUGGAGUUGUCCGGUUCAAGCAAGUUUCAAGGCAUCCAAAACAUAGAAUUGCCACUAGAUCCUGAUGUUUGUAUGCAGGUGAUCAAUAGGGCCAAGUUAGUUAGAAAUGGAUUAGAGAAGAACUUGUUUUCAUCAUUAGAAGAAGAAAAUUUGUCUAAAGAUUACGAGAUUUUAUGCUUACGAAAAUCCAAUGAAAUGUUGGAAGAGGAAUUUUAUGAACUACAUGGAGUGAAAGCACAUAGUGCUUGGGAAACCAACUUGGCAUCUGAAUUCCAGGUAUCAAUUGACGAAUGCAGAUCAAACAAAGCAGAAGCUGCGAAGUUCCUACAUGACCUUCAUGUUUCAUCAUUCAUGGAAUUGAUAUUUAAGGAGAAGUUCUUUGAGCUGAUGCAGAUACUUAAGGGCCUUGUGACGACUGAUACUGUGCAAUUGAAGUUUCCAGUUGAAGAAAUUUCUUGCAGAAAUGUUCAAGAAGAAGAUUUAAAAGAAAAAGUUGAUGUGCUUGGAAAAGAAAAUAAGAGGCUGAAGGCGGAACUAAAUGCUUAUGCUCCUCUUAUUGCUUCUUUGGAAAAUGAGAUUGCGUCUCUGGAGGAACGCACCCUUUCAUUAACAAAUCUUCACAUUCUGAACAGUAAGAGAAAACAGGGCAACUUACUUGCUUCUCUGCAGCCUAAAAAUUUCAGUGAAGUACGAGGCAAGCAUCACAGCCCAAGAAAUUCAAGAGCAUCAGCUGGAAUCUUGGCGCUAAAAAAAUUGCGUGCAAAGGUUAAGGUACUUCAGAAAGCAGUAGUCAAUACUGAAGGACUUCUAGAUUCAGGAGAAGUUUCUGCUACCAAAGUGGAUGAUGAAACAAGAAAAGUCAAAACAUGGAAGUUAAAUAGAAGCACAGGACUGGUGGGAACACAAAAAAAGAAAGAUAUCAUCUUGGAUUUGAUAAAAAGUGAAGGCAUUGACAAAGAUGUUAAACUGGUGAAAGAUGGUAUAUUCUCUAGAGUGAAGCACGAGCAGAUAAUGAAGGAUAUAGAACUUGAUCACGUGCUAAGUGGUUCUCAACAUGAAGUAGAUUUUGUUAUUGAAACAGAUGAUCAUACUCAUAAAGUAAGGAAAUCUACCACAUUGAAUAAUAUAGAUAAUUACCAGAUUGUAAACAUGGAAGUUGAAAGGAGUGAAAACUCUUCUUCUGAACUUGUUUUGGAGAAAGAGUUGAGUGUUGACAACAUAGUGCUGCUCCCUGCAAAUUAUAAUGAGUCACUUCGAGAAUGGAUUGAUAGGAUCAAUGUUUUUAUUUCUGCCGAUGCUCAGAGGCUGUUGGAUCUAGAAAAGUUUUUGAUGGAGCUGAGAAAUAAAAUUGCUACUUCAGAAAUGAAAUGCCAGCCAUCAACUUUGGAUCUCAAUCCAGUCAAGAUGCAGGUGAAAGAGGCUGGAGAAGCCCUCGUCAAGUUGAUUGAUUUCAACCACAAACUAACUAAAAUGACAGAAACAUUCUCCCUGUCCUCUGACAGCAAUAAACGAAGAAGAAAAGUUGUAGAGGGAGUAAAAAGAGGUGCGGAAAAAAUUGAUGGAUUGGAGCUGAAACUGCAGAAGGUCCAGUGUAUAUUCUUAAAACUCCAAGAAAAUAAACGAGAAAACAAAGCAGCCAAACCUUUGGAAAGGAGAUCAAGAAUCCCAUUGAAAGACUUAAUAUAUGGGAAGAGAAGUAACUCAAGGAAAAUGAAACGCCAGUUCUUUGCUUGUAUGAAGCUCAAAACCCAGGAAAUAUGACUCCAACCCCACAUUUAAUGCUUAGCUUCAUAUCAGCAAUCGUUUGCAAGGGCAAUUGAUUAUCAAGAAGGAUAUGAGAAUUCAUAGACCCUUGGUGUUUUUGUAGCGACUGAGUUCUUUGUAUGAUGAGGUGGAUGUAUUAGGAUCAAGACACUUUCAAUAGUAUUUCUUAGAAACUUUCUUUACCUGUUAAUUUACUGUUAUUUAGUUUAAGUUAUGCAGGUGAUGACCUCUUGUGGACCUGAAAUCUUGAGCUUAGAUAAUGGUUAUGACAAGUUUCUGAUGCCAA